AUGUAUACUCUGGGCCGGACUCUAGUUCUUGUCCUGAUUGGGAUUAGCCAAGCGAUUGCUAUGGACCCGUUUGAACCCCAGAUGACAUUGCCUCAAAUCACGUUUCCGGCCAAUAAGACAUGCGGCGAAGUCAACGUUUUCUACACUGGACUCACGGCUUACCACCCUUUGGUCAUCUCCCGGGGUUUUGAUCCUGUGCAGACUGACAUUGCUCUACGAAAUGAUACGGCGAACUUGGUCAAGGCUGGUUUUAAUGUUUACGUACUCUUUCAAGGACCGGAUCAACCAGUAUCGAACCUGGGAGAUCGUAUGAAAGGCCGUGUCUGGGACGUGACUGGUGUUGGCUGGGGUAUCCGAAACUCCACCAUGCUUGAGCUCGUCGAUAGAUUUGAAGGUAUGAAUGAUCUCACCAUUGAGAAUUUUGGACAACAUGUUAAUCGGGAAUCAGCAAACUUGAUCGAGUUCCGUGAAGAGGCGCCAUUGACGCCAACCGUGUUCAAUUGGAGUCCCACUUCACUGGCGCAAUCCGUGGUUAGGCACGUACCUCUUAUUGAAGAUUGCACCGACAAGCCAGGAACACUUUACGCAUAUGAAGAGAAUUGUCCUCCCGAGCUUUGUGAAAAGGUGACUGUUGUCACUUCUGGAAGUCUUGAAGAACUCCUCGAGGGGAUUCAAUAG